CACUGUUGCUGUGAAAACAGGGCUGAGCAGGCUAUUGAAAGCCACAGAAACCAGAAGAAACUAGUCAUGAAAACCCUGACUAUCAGCUGACAGAUUUCUUCCUGAGAACUCAUAAUUGAGCAUUUUUUUCCAGACUAGAGCAAAUCUUCAGGAGCUGACCAGGAUCCGGAGCUGUUUCAGCCCAACUUGGCUCUGAUCUCUUUGGUCAUGCUGGAGGGUGCCGAGUUCUACUUUAACGUGGACCAUGGCUACCUGGAAGGCCUGGUGCGAGGGUGCAAGGCCAGCCUGUUGACCCAGCAGGACUACAUCAACCUGGUCCAGUGCGAGACCCUGGAAGAUGUGAAAAUUCAUCUCCAGACCACUGAUUAUGGCAACUUCUUGGCUAAUCAAACAAAUCCUCUUACUGUUUCCAAAAUUGACACGGAGAUGAGGAAAAAGCUGUGCAGAGAAUUUGAAUAUUUCCGGAAUCAUUCCCUGGAACCUCUGAGCACAUUUUUUACAUACAUGACGUGCAGUUACAUGAUAGACAAUGUGAUUCUAUUGAUGAACGGUGCAUUGCAAAAAAAAUCUGUGAAAGAAAUUCUGGUGAAGUGCCACCCACUGGGCCGUUUCACAGAAAUGGAAGCAGUCAACAUUGCUGAGACACCUUCGGACCUCUUCAAUGCUGUUCUGGUUGAAACACCAUUAGCUCCAUUCUUUCAAGACUGCAUGUCUGAAAAUACCCUAGAUGAACUGAAUAUUGAAUUACUGCGCAAUAAACUGUACAAGUCUUACCUCGAGGCAUUCUAUAAAUUCUGUAAGAAUCAUGGUGAUGUCACAGCAGAAAUCAUGUGUCCCAUUCUUGAGUUUGAGGCUGACAGACGUGCUUUUAUCAUCACUCUUAACUCCUUUGGCACUGAACUGAGCAAAGACGACCGGGAGACCCUCUACCCGACCUGUGGCAAGCUGUACCCUGAGGGGCUGCGCCUGUUGGCUCAAGCAGAAGACUUUGAUCAGAUGAAGAGAGUAGCAGACCAUUAUGGAGUAUAUAAGCCUUUGUUUGAGGCUGUGGGUGAUGGCAGUGGAGGAAAGACGUUGGAGGAUGUGUUUUAUGAGCGUGAGGUACAAAUGAAUGUGCUGGCAUUCAACAGGCAAUUCCACUAUGGUGUGUUUUACGCAUACACAAAGCUGAAGGAACAAGAAAUGAGAAAUAUCGUGUGGAUAGCAGAAUGCAUUUCACAAAGACAUCGAACUAAAAUUAACAGUUACAUUCCAAUUUUAUAACCCAGUGAGGGACCUCACAUGCGGAAAAUCUUACAUAGUAAGAAGAGGUUCUGAGGGGAAAAAAAAUAAUUGUGUUAUAUUAUCUGGGUUAUAUAAAAAUAAUCCACACCAUUGCAGACCCACUAGAAACAUAGUAAAUCAGCCCUGAAAUAGUAUUUCUUUUUUUUUCCAGCGGCCUUAAAUUUUGUUUCCCCAUUUAUGUCUCACUUUUUACCAGAUCUUAGACAUUAAUCCUAAUUAACCUAUAGUACUUUUCCUAUUCUUGUUUGGUUGUAUUAACAAUCAGAUCUAACUAAAGUAUUUUACUCUUGCUUUCCUAUGCUUCUCCACAGGCCCAAGUACUGUCUGCUUUUCUUUUUCCUCCCCUAUGUCCACAAAAAUCCAGGGCUAUAUGAGGCCAACAUGGACCACAUGUGAUGAAAAUAUUGUAUUUUUUUUCCUAAUACACUUUUACUGGUUGUCUUGGGAAAGCUACACAAUUCUGAAUCAUAUUCCUUAGAUGCAAGUAGUAUUAAAUUUGUUAUUAAGGCUCCUGUUUAAACUUUCCUCACAAUUCCCUUUAAAUCUCUUGCAGUUCCUUCAUGCUUUGCCUGAGAAGAAAGUAACCCUGCUAAUUGUAUUUCAUUCAUUCAGAAGAAUAAAUCCCACAUUCAGUUUACAAGA